UUGCCGCUGACGAACUCAGUUAUGAGCUCUACGCUCCCAACCACUUCGCUCGCCAACUCGGCUUUGUUCAAUUAGUGCCAUUCCCUCUGUAUGAUGCUUGGAACUACAACACCUCUUGGCGUAGACUUGGGCCUCUUUCUGGGUCUCCGCCAGCACAAAGCACACUCGCACUGGUUGAUCUCCCUGACUGGGCUAAAGAGAUUGACUCUGUGGAUGGGGCUGAGGAAGGAUACGAGGCAUGGUGGGCAGAAGUUUCUGUUAACUGCUGGAUGCAACAGCAUGAUGAGCUAUUCGCUGCCAUUUUCGGGGAACUGCGAUACCCCUAUACUGCCGACGUCGAUCUACUUGCUCGCGUCCCUGAAGACGCUGCACAAGCUCCUCCUCCUGCUGCUGAGCCGGCUCCGCGACCCGCGCGAGCCCCACGUCAGGCCCAGGCUGGUAUCGUAAUCCGCGAACCCCCUCAAGAGGGAAAUGCGCCAUUUUCUGGCAGUCGCGCAGCCAACACUUCCCAAGCCACUGGCCAGUCUGGGAAACAAAAGGCAGUAAUGACAGAGCCUGAAGACAAAGAAUCCUCCUCUGAUGAUGAUGACUCGCAGACGAUCGCCGCCCUCUCGGCUCGGAAAUGCAGUCGCUCUGAUCCUCGAACUGACCUAUGGGCAGAAGAUGAACCAAUCGCUGACCGACUGGUUCGCCACAGGUCCUCGAGACACACUGAAGAAGGAUCUUCAGCUGCUGGUGAAGGCACAUCUGCUUCCCAAGCCCAAGCGCCAACUAUUGUGAACAACUCUCCACCUCCUGCGGGCGCUGCCAGUAAUGCACAGUUGGCCUUGAUCCCAGUGCAGAUCAUAGAUGAUAGCUCGCCUGAGGCCGAAGAUAGAGUACCAUUACCGGAUGCGCCUCGCGAGGAACCAAGCGAUAUACCUGUCCUGGAACAGAUAGCGCCUGACUCAAUUCCUAUUCCCAGCGAAGCUAACCCAGAGGCAAUGCCAGCAGUCGUUGUGCGUGAGCCCCCAGCCGAGGAGAAUCCAAAUGCCUUCAACACUGAGGAUGCUGUAGCUGAAGCUGUAGAGGCAGAGGCUGCUGAGCCCGCUCUUAAUAUGGUUAGCUCGCGUACUCAAAGUGACCCCUCCUGGGGUCGUAGAUGA